AUGGCUGAGGUCAUAAUCUUAUGGGCAGGCAAGGCGAGAGUGGCACCCAUGGAUGCAAAUGAGGAAGAAAAUGUAUGCACCACAGACCUGAAAGAGUUGGCCAACUUCACCCUCAACUUCGCCCAAGACAAGGCUUCUCAAAGCCGUGCCCUCGCCCAGUCCCUGGCGUCCAAGGCAGCCGAUCCCAAGCUUAAGGAGCACUAUGAUGCCUGUGCUAAACACUUCGACGAUGCUGCCGAAGACAUGGUGGAUGGAAAGAACUCCUUGGAGUUUGGUGACUACGGUUUGGUCAACAUUACAGCGACUGCAGCCAUGUCGGACGUCGACAAUUGUCUGGACAGCUUCGCCCAGCCGCCGAAAGACCCAUCGGCGCUGUUUGACAACGGGAAGGCUGUGAAAGAUAUUUGUAGUAUCAUCUUGGUUAUAGCCGAUCUUCUUCUUGGGCGUGCCUAA